UGCAGUCACGUACGCAUCGUCAGCGUCAUCGCCGUCACGAUGCUACCCAAAGGUGUGCUUUCGUUUUUAGUGUUAAUAGUUUUAGUACAGCACUUUGCAACCGUGCAAACCACCAACGCUAUCGAACGACCGUCCGCGCCCUCGAGCCAAUGUACCUCGUCCCACGAAAGCUGUGUGCUGCGAGUGAUGUGCGAGGUUGAACCACGUGCCCGCACUACACUCGUACCCUGCCUUACCGCUGACGGGCUGGAAGGCGUGUGCUGCAGCGUUGCAAGGGAAGGCAAACAGCGCAAAAAACGCUCACUGCCGUUUGAACUGACGCAGGAGCUGUUCCAGAAUGCCGUCGGCGAGGGACACCGUGUCUACACCCGGAAGCUGGCAAACAUCGACCACCAUCGGGAGGUUAUGAGGGGUGGCUCGGUCGACACGCUGGUGCGCCAGUUUCACGCACCACCCGGUGAGCCGCUGGGCGCCGAGGAUCCGACGGCCUACGAAGACAUGUUCGUAGCACGAUCCUUUGCCAAUGCGCUCAAUCUAAGCGUAACCGAGCGGCUCGACCUGCCCGAGCUGACCCUUGACCCAGCGCUGCGUCGCAAGCGUUGCCUUCCGCCCCGGUCGUGCGAUCCGCACGCCCGCUACCGUUCGCUCGACGGGUCCUGCAACAAUCCGGUUCCGGCGCGCAGCAGCUGGGGGGCGGCCGGCUAUCCGUUCGAGCGUUUGCUGCCGCCCGCCUACGAGGACGGUGUGUGGGCGCCGAGAGUACACUCGAGCGUUUCGGGCCGGCUGCUGGCGAGCGCGCGCGACAUUUCGGUAGCGGUCUUCCCGGACGUCGAUCGGCGCGAUCGCAAGUUCAACCUGCUGCUGAUGCAGUUUGGCCAGUUUAUGUCGCACGACUUCACCCGCAGUGCGAGUGUUCGUAUAGGCCAGGAGGAGGUACAGUGCUGCAACGCGGAACACUCGGGAGCGCUGCGCGGCGAGCAGGCCCACUUUGCCUGCAUGCCGAUCGCCGUCAGCCCGGCCGAUCCGUUCUACUCUCGCUUCGGCAUUCGGUGCCUGAACUUUGUGCGGCUGGCGCUGGCCCGCGACGGCAAAUGCCGGCUCGGGUACGGUAAGCAGCUGAACCGUGUCACGCACUUCAUCGACGGGUCUGCCGUGUACGGGUCGAACGAAGCGCUAGCCGCCUCCCUGCGUACGUUCGAGGGCGGCCGGCUACGGAGCAGCUUCCCGACCGGCGAGGAGCUGCUUCCGUUUGCCCGCACCCGAGCCGCCUGUGAACCGUGGGCCAAGGCCUGCUUCCGGGCGGGAGACGAUCGAGUGAACCAGAUCGUUUCGCUGACGGAAAUGCACACGCUGUUCUUGCGCGAGCACAACCGCGUCGCCACGGCACUGGCCGCCCUGAACCAACACUGGGACGACGAGCGGCUGUACCAGGAGACGCGGCGUAUCGUCGGAGCAGUGAUGCAGAAGAUUUUCUACAACGAGUACCUGCCGUCGAUCGUGGGCCAUAGCAAGGCACGCCAGUACGGGCUGCUCGACAGCCACGGGGAGCAGACGGACUUUUACAGUCCCGAUGUGAAGCCGGCCGUUUUUAACGAACUGUCCGGGGCAGCGUUCCGCUUCGGACAUUCUACCGUGGAUGGAGCGUUUUUGAUCCAGCAUCGUCAUCGCCGCACGGAGCUGGUACCGAUUCAGGAAGUCUUCCUGAACCCGUCCCGUCUGCUGCAGCGCUCUUUUUUCGACGAUUUUCUCUUCUCGCUGAUGGAUCAGCCGCAGCAGCAGCUGGACGAUUCCAUCACGUUCGGGUUGACGCGGUUGCUGUUUGCGGGCCGCAACCCGUUCGGUUCGGAUCUGGCUUCGCUCAACAUACAGCGCGGCCGGGAUCAUGCGCUGCGCCCGUACAACGACUACCGGAGCUGGGCCGGCCUGGAGCGGCUCACUAGCUUCGAGCAGUUCGGUCCGGUCGGUGCCCGGCUCGCCAGCGUGUACGAGUUCCCGGACGAUGUGGAUCUGUGGGUGGGCGGACUGCUGGAGCCCCCGAAGCAGGAUGGGGCACUGUUUGGCGAAACGUUCGCGGCCAUCAUUAGCGAACAGUUCGCGAGGCUGAAGUUUGGCGACCGGUACUACUACACAAACGGGCCCCGGACCAAUCCGGGCUUCUUUACCGGCGAGCAGCUGCGCGAACUGAGCAAGGUGUCGCUCGCCUCGGUCAUCUGCGCCAACCUCGACCAGGCGGACGGGUUUUCCGCGCCCCGGGAUGCAUUUAGACAGCCGAGCGAGCAUAACCCGCCCGUCCCGUGCCAGACGCUGGUCGGGAUGGAUCUGUCCGCCUGGAGGGGUCACUAGCGGGGAGGGGUGAAUUGUUUUAUGUACUGCUUUGUAGUAUGGCAGGCUGUAUUUGUGUAGUUUUGUGUUUUAAAUGAGUGUUUCUGGAAACACUAUUUUGUAGUUUGUUGUGUUGUGUUCGAAUAAAAGAUGUGCUGCAGCGCACAACGUUAUUAAA